ACCUCAAUCAUCGAUGACAUUGGGGCCUUCUCAUCUGAUUUAUCAUCCAGUAAACGGAGAUGCAAGAAAGGCCAUAUACCAUAAAACAUUAUUUUUCAAUCUCGUUGGUUUUUGCUUACUCCUUUUCACCCAUAAAUGGAAACACCCAAAUCAUUACAUGAAGAUGGAUGCUCUAGCUCAGUUGCAAAUGGCGAUCCUCCCCCUUUUCCCCCACAGCAUGCAGAUGAAUUGCCUCAAACCCCUUCAAGGCAUUUUGGGUUUGGAAGUAGCAUGGGUGGAAAGGCUUUGCCUAGAUCUUUUGCUUCUUCAAAUAGAGGUUCAUUAAUCGGAGGCUUUCUUCGAGCUUUAAGCUUCAAGAAAAGUAUUGCUGUGCCUGGUGGUGAAAGAAGCUCUCUCAUCCGUCCAGGGUCCCAUCCUGCUCUACUAAGACCACUUUUAGCUCAUCCUGCCUCGAGCGUGGCUUGGAAAACAUGCAAUCCUUUACCUUCAAAAGCUGCUGCAAAGUCUUCUUCUUUUGCUAGGACAUCCAAUGAGCAGAAAAAACCACAAGCUGGAACCUCUCAAGCUUCUGUAAAAAGGACUCUCUCUGCCAAGAAUGUUGUUAUCGUGAGGUCAGCAUCUUUUGCUAAUCGUGAAGAGUGUGUCCCUGGUCCAUGUGAUGAAAUUACACCUGCCCUGGUGGAUGAGGAUCAGCAGAUUCCUGAAGAGGAAGCUGUUUGCAGGAUCUGCUUUGAAGCAUGUGACGAAGGCAAUACAUUGAAGAUGGAGUGCCACUGCAAAGGUGAUCUCAGACUUGUGCAUGAAGAGUGUGCAAUCAAGUGGUUUAGCAUGAAAGGAAACAAGAAAUGUGAGGUUUGUCGGAAUGAAGUGCUAAAUUUGCCCGUAACCUUGCAUCGUGUGGCAAGUACUGCCAAAGAAGAUAUUUUCUUGGACCAUAACCAGCUAACUUUGAACUCCCAAAGGUUAAGUGCUUGGCAGGACUUUCUGGUGCUUGUCUCGAUUAGUACAAUCUGCUACUUCUUCUUUCUUCACAAGUUACUGAUAAGUGGCAUGAAAAAUAAGGCACUUGUGAUUGCCUCAACGUUCUCAUUUACUCUGGGCCUAUUGUCUUCUAUUUUUGCAGUCGUGCAAGCCAUUAGAGAGUACAUAUGGGCUUAUGCGGCUCUAGAAUUUUUACUUGUGGCUAUGAUCCUUUUCCUCUUCUACUCCAUGCUUCAUUUACCACCCAUUUAUUCAAUACCACUGUCAUCAGUUUUGGGGUUCGGAGCUGCUAUGAGCCUUAAGUCGUUGUAUAUUCGAUAUUUUUGCAUUUCAAGUUGAAGCUUCCCGAGCCUCUAGCACGAUGUGGAUGUGAAGAGUGGCAGCUAAUAUAUCAGCUUGUCUGCUGGUUAGUUGUAAUGAAGCUUGAUUAGUUAUCUGCUUAUCUGCUUCUGUUUACCCACAAAUGUUCACCACUGUGAUGGACAAUAAUUGAAUUGCAAAAACCUACAAUUUAUGUGGAGCUUGUUAAAAGCGUUAGCAGUUUAUGACAAUUUAUUAUUGU